CGCCUGCGCCCGGCCCCGCCCUCUUUCCCUAUCGCUCGCUCCCGUCUGCGGCGAGCGCCGGGGGAAGGAGUACAGAGGGGGCGGAGUGUACCGUCUCGGGAACGCGCCGGCCGCCUGAUCUGCUUCCCGCCACUGGGUGCGCGGCUAGCGCGAGAUCACCACCACCCGGACCGGAGAGAGCGCGAGAUAGAGGAAGGCUGGGCGCGUGCGCGAGUCCUGCAACCAACCAGCGACCUCUUCCCCCCCCCCCCCCCCCCCCUUCCCACCUACACCGCCUCCAGCACCGGCGCCCCUCCCGCCAACCCCGGAGGCACCGCGGGAGGCGGGCACUUCCCGUGCACUAGGCCCGUGUGAGCCGCGAAGGCCCAGGGAGAAGCGUCAGAGAGGGCCUGAGCGGGGCUCCUGUCCCCGUCGCUGCAGGCCGGAGCCGCCCCCUGUCACCCGCUCUGCACCCGGCGCAGAGGAGGAAGCGGAUACCGGAGCCGGCGAGCAGAACCAGCGAGGCCUGACUGGACCGCGGCCUAGAUUACACGUCCUGCCCUGCGGGCCAUGGCUGUGAGCGGCAGAGCGGGGGUGUGAGGAUGAGGAGGCCGCAGACCCGGCGCUAGGCUGAGCACCCCCCCGCACGCCAUGACCUGGGGGUAAGGGCCGGGGGACAUGUGAGCUGCGGAGCCCCCCUCCCAGGUGCCCCGGACUGCGAUCUGUGAGAGAGGGGGGGAGGGAGGCCUGCAGGUGGCCGGCGCCGCCCGCACUGACCCGAGUCUGCGAUGAACCCGGCCAAUGCCACCUCUCUGUACAUCUCCGCCAGCCGCCUGGUGCUCAACUACCACUCCGGGGACCCCCAAGCCUCCGCCGACAUCUGCAGGAUGCUGCCCUUCUUCCGCCAGGCGCUGGCCUGCUGUGUCUGCGGAAAUUUGCUUGAGGACCCUCUUGCUCCAAUCAAUUCGACAUGUCAGCAUUAUGUUUGCAAGAUGUGCAAAGGCAAGAAGAUGAUGCUGAAGCCUUCCUGCAGCUGGUGCAAAGACUGUAGCCAGUUUGAGGAGAACAAGCAGUUGGACAUUCUGGUGAGCUGCUACAAAAAACUGUGCGAGUACAUUACACACACCCCUCUGGCACAGGACUUACUGAAUACUGUGGAGUGCUCUGCGGACAUUUUGGCAUUUCUUCCUGAUGAAUCUGUGGAGGAAUCUACUCCUGAGGAAGAACAUGGAGGCACGUCAGAGGCCCCCUCACCACUGUGUCCUUCUCAUUCCCCUUUACCUUGCAAUUCAGAACUGGUUACAGAGUCUGAGGCAAACCUCUGCCACAUCACCCAAGAUACACCCAACCUAGAAUCUGAGUGCACAGUUGCUAAUGGUUUGCCCAACUGCAAUGGCCUAUCGGAAACUGAACUCACUGUAAAUAUCCCUUCCCCUCAGAGUCCCAGAACCAUUGACCUUUGUUGCACAGCUGUUGGUAUUAAAACAGAAGACUUGUCAGAGAGUUUAGAAUCGGUCUGUGACCCAGUUUCCACUAGUGAGUUGUGCGCUGCUGGACUUGAUAUAUGCGGCUACACUGAUGACCUCAAAAGCAACGACCCAUUGCUACUUAGUGUAGAGGAAGUUCUCCAGAGUUUAGAUACGGUUUCAGGUUCAGAAGUUACCGAUUGUGACCUACAGCACAGUCUGGACACCUCCGUGUCGAAUGGAACUUUUUUAGAUCUCUGCCCCCAGCCUGUUACACACACUGUUCUGUUGUCUGACAGCCAUGUUCCACCACUUGGGAUGUCCUGUACAGCUGCAACCCUGAAAAUGGUGAAGACAAACCGCAAGCGUUCACGCUCAGAAAGCGACAGUGAAAAAGUUCUGCCACUGCCCAUCUCCAGCAUCAUCCUUGGGCCAGCACUGGGGUCCCAGACUUCUUUUCUACUGACACGGGAGAAUAGAAACUUUUUGCAGCCUAUAGUGUCUGUUCCCAAUGGGGGCAGCUCGUCCAAUAUCAGCAAGGCUAUUCUUCUAUCAAACAAAGCCUUGAAGAAGAAUCCAGAGCAUAUGCAUAAGAAAACGCACCCAAAAUCCAAACCACCAUUGCUGAAAACAAAAGACAAGGUAAAGGAGAAGAUACCCAGCAAUAAUGUGGUUCCUGGUAGCCCAACAAAAACUGUGUAUAAGAAGCCACCUGAGAAGAAAGGUUGUAAGUGUGGACGUGCUACGCAAAAUCCAAGUGUUCUUACGUGUCGAGGCCAGCGCUGUCCUUGUUACUCCAAUCGGAAAGCUUGUCUAGACUGUAUUUGCCGUGGCUGCCAAAACUCUUACAUGGCAAACGGAGAGAAGAAGUUAGAGGCGUUUGCAGUGCCAGAGAAGGCUCUAGAGCAGACGCGGCUUACUUUGGGCAUUAAUUUGACAAGCAUUGCUGUGCGCAGUGCCAGCACAAGCGCCAGUGUCAUUAAUGUUGCGGGGUCUCCCGUGGCAACGUUUUUAGCUGCCAGUCCUCACGAUGACAAAAGCCUAGAUGAAGCUAUAGACUUAAGAUUUGACUAUUAAUUGGGCCCCUGAUUUUCUGGCUGUUGGAGGGCGGGGAAAUGAUUGGUUGCAGUUUUAUGGCAGCUAUGGUUUUGUUUGGUUAACUUGCCGGAGCUUUUGCAUAUAGAUCACUUGUAUCAAGUGUGUUCAUUGUUAAGUUAUGUGUUCAUGUUUGUGGGGGUUGGGCAGGGGGUGGGGGGAGGUGUUGGGAUGUUACGAUGGGAUACGUAUUGGCUGUAUGAGAAAUUGUAACCUAGGCUUCAAUAUGAGUUUUGGAGAGAAGACUUCCUGAUGCAUCUGAUUUAUACACAACGAUCUUUGGCAAGAAAGAGUGACCACACAACAACCUCUUGUAUCCUGUUGUAUGUUGUUAUCAACCAUUGUCCCAUAUGUCUCUGAGGGUGGCGUUCUUCUAACUGCUUACCCAAUUACAUCCUGUAGAAAGCAAGUACAGAUUCCACAUUAGUUUAUUAUUGAAAUAACUGUUAUGAUGCACAUUUAGGAUUAGCCAACACGCCUCCUGAUUGGAAGUUCACAUCUUUGUCUGAUUUGCCUGCUGCAUUCCAAAGAAGUCACCAACUUUCAAAUCUGUGUUUAUAGUACAGUCUUUAUUCUAUGUCUGUUGUCCUGGUGGGAAACGCACAAAGCAGUGAAUGUGACCUGUAGAUUAAAAACAAAAGAAAAAAACAACCCAAAACUUUCCCUAUUUCGUAAGUCCGUGGCUCGCUUAGCCCUCAUCUACAAUGAUAUAGUAUUGUUGAUAAUUACACUUCACAUAUAUGGAAACUGUGUAGUAUGCAGAUUGGUAAAGGGAAGGAGGUCUACCAGCACUGUAUGGUUCCUGGAAAAUGGAGGUUGGGUAUGACAUUGAUCUAGAUGUUUGUCCUUACCCCUCCGUUUUCAUUUUUCAGAAAUCCUAUAAUAAUUCAGCUAUUUGCAGGAGUUAUGAGCAGCGUUCCAGCUGCUAUAGAACUGCACAUACCAGCAUUCCCUGCCACAGUUUUGCUAUUUGGCCAUGCUAAAAUUGUUGCAGGGCAUUCUGAGAUGUGUAGUUCAACAGAAGCUAGAGGGGCGGUUAUUGCCUACCCCUGCUUUAAAUCAUAGUGAAACAACUGGGCCACACUGAAUGAUGUCUGCAUUAAAUGUGGGUUGGUUGUCAGCAACAGAGCAGGUUAUGUAUUAUUCCUAUGGUAUCACAAGUAUGUUAAUAGGUCAUUUAUUUCAUGUAAACCAUCAUACAGAAAACAAACCUCCAAGUGGUAAAUUUGCUAUGGAACGGUUUUCAGAGCUGCUGUGUAUUUAGUAGUUUUUCCUGUUGGAUUUAAAGGGACAAUAAAUGCAAACCCAAAAUAAGCCUGGUAUUAACCUUUGAAAUCUAGUAUCCAAAACCUCAGAAGAUACAGCAGCUUUGAAAUGUGCUGCAUAGUAAAUUUACCCCCCAGAGUGGAAAAGAAACCAUAGCUUUGGGCCAUGUUCCCAAUUGGAGGUUGUAAGGUCAUCUGCGGUACAUUAUAAACUGAUAGAUGUGUUCAAACGUGUACAAUAGAUCACUGAUGAUCGUAAUAUUGCUGUUCAUUGUACUGGCUCUGGGUAGCUCAGAAGAGUAGCAAGUGUGAUUAUUCUUUGUUAUCUAGGGCUACAAUCCGUGUUCACCUGACAUGACACACCUGGCUCUGCAAUCACCUGAAGUAUUACACUGAUAAAUAACAGUAAAAUAGUCUAUUGUCUCAUAGCUUACAGUUAGUGUACUUUGGAGGAUGUUGUGAACCAUUUAAGAUGUGUUCUUAAACUAUCAAGAUUCAUUAAAAAGAAAGGAUCACAUUAUUUUUGACUCCUUAUAUUACAUUUCUAAACACAUCAAUUAGUUUCCUGUUUGUAGUUCUCGGGUGUUCUUUUCUCCUUUUUUUUUUUUUUUUUUUUUUUUUUUUUUACAUCCUGUUUUUGGUGAAUAGGCAGAUGACUAACGGACUAAGGUUCUAGCUCUAUAUUGUGAAUAGCUGUUGUCCAUAUUCUGCUAUGCGUCAUAUAAUAGGUAGCCGGAGAACCGAUCAGCAACAGGUCUCAUUAGUUCUAUACAAGUGGAAGAGGAGCCAGAUACUGUGCACAUUUCUAUAUUUGAAUAUUCUAUAUUUCUAUAUUUUGAUACACUCCCCAUGGCAGGGGUUCUCAAAUGCAGUCCUCAAGCUACCCCAAAGGAUCCACGUUUUAAGUAUAUCCCUGCUUGGCCACAGGUACUUAAUUAGCACCCCAGUCAAUUCGAUUUAGCCAUCUGUGCUGAGCCAUGGAUAUAUCAGUAAUCUGGACCGUUGCAGUGCCUUGAGGACAGUAUUUGAGAACCUCUGCCCAAUGGUGUCUCUUCCACCUUUUAUAAUCUCCCAUUCAAUGUUUGUUUCUUCGGUCCAAUUACUGCUAUAAGAUGCGCUGCACGGUGCCUUAUGCGCCAAAUAUAUCAAAAGUUUACCUAAAACUUGCAGCAGAAGGCUGUGCCAGUCUUCUCUUACGAACCCUAGGUGGCAUCACAAAGCAUCAUGGACUGUUCUCUGUAUUCCCGGCUUGUCGCUUGCACUCUUUUUGGUUGGGAUGCUAUUGUACAGCCAGAUACUGUACAGUGAGUAAUCCAGCAAUAAAAUGGAUCUGGCAUCCAGUAUUGCAUCACCACUGACUUCAGUUACAUGCUGUUUGGAAAUACAUUUUGGUUAUAAUGGUGUGUAUGGAAAUACAUGUUGGUUACAAUGAUGUGUAUGGAGACAUGGUUGGUAACAUAUAGGAUUAAAGAAGCACUCUCUCUCCCCCCUACUGCCCCCCCCCUCCCUCCCCCAUAUACUACAGCGCUUACAAUGAGAUCUGUUCCCCUUACCUGACAGACUGGCUGCCAUAUUAUAAUGCAACAGUAGGUGUGACUCCUCCCAACUAGUGUAAAUGACUAUGAAAAGUGGUUGUAUUGCCCAUAGCAACCAUUUUGUCAUUUUCUAGGAUACAAUAUAAAAAUACAGCUAGAAUCUGGUUGCUGUGGGCAACACUACCACUUUUCAUGUUUUGGAAGCUUUAGUAAAUAUACCCCUAGGUAUACGAAUCCCUUCGUAACAAUGCAUAUUUUUUGAAUCUCUUAGAUGGUGCCCAGGUAUUCUAAUUUUAAAAUAUCUGCAGUUGAAGCAAAUUAUUUCAGUUAUAUGCAGUAGUUCUGGAAAACAUGCACUGUUGGGAGAACUUGAGAAAACAGUUUGGCCAACACCUUGGUAACAGUCCACUCUGCUACUGCCAUUCUGAGUCUCUGGACUGUGCAUUUGUGUUUACAGCAAUAGAUUCAGCAUGUUCUGUUAUCCAGGUUCUACACAGCAGGGCCUGAACAUUAGGCCCCUACUAUUCUGCUUGUUUGGUUGGGGGAUUGUACUUACUGUAAAGACCUGUAUAGGGGGUGUUUAGAUGUGGUCUGUUCUGGUCUCCGCGAAGCACUUUAACCUGUACUAGCAGUAUUUUACAUGGAUGUGCUUUGUAGGUUGGAUGUACUGUAUGUGGUCAGAAUCUACAGUACAGCUCUUCAUGGAGUUGUAUACAGUUCCCUUUGGAAAAUACCUAUAUGGUGUGGCUGGCCUGGAGGAAGCAUAGCUCUUUCCUUUAGAGCUGGACAUUGAGAUAAAAGAUAUGAGUGUAUAGUGUCACAUUUCCUCUCAGCGCUACGUUUAUAUAAAUUUUAUAUUGAGCUGCUAUAUUUCCCAGAGACCUUACAUGUGUUGGCAAUUCUGAUGUUACACAUUGCUACAAUGUCCCUGUAAUUAACAAGUUUGGUUUUAUGUAUUUUCUUUUCUUUUUGCUAAAUUGAAAAUGGAGUUCCCUUUUGUAGAGAGACUUUAAUACAGCUUGAUACUGUGCUAGCGCGUUCUCCUGUGCAACGCCUGACUUUUGGUUCAGAUUUUCAGGAUACCCUGACACAGGUCACCUGUGUAUUAUGUGAGGGCACUGGAUGCAGUUAUCCCUUUCCAAGCAUAUUGCUUAGUGUACAGUGUAGUGUAGAUUGUGUACACCAAACUUGUGAAAACCUAUCCAGAGAAAAUGUUCCCACUGUAAUUCAGCUUUCUUACUAGUGCAGUAACCGUAUAAAACGCAACAGAUAAUAUAGUCAAUGCCUCUGUGUACAGGUGUAACAAUAUAUAUCUUCAGCUGCAGGUCCUUACUAAGACUAAUCUGAGCAAUGGGGCACCCUGUAUAGCAUGCCUAUAAUAUGGUUUCCUCCUAGUAGUUAUAAUGCACUACUUCAAGUCCUACAUGGUGCAUUUUCUGGCCUGUCUACAUGGUGUACAGCAGGAGCCAUUAGCCUUUGUUAUUAUACAACCAAGCACAAGGUUUCCACUCAACUGGUAUAUCCCUCCUAGGAUACGCACUCAGUAUAAGGUGUAGUGCCUCCGUCUUAUGCACCAUUUCAGUCCUGGUCUGUGCUAUGCAGCAUGGUGUCCUCUGAGAUUGCUAUAUAUAAUUUACUGAUAUGUAUGUGUGUAGGGGAAGGUCAAGGCAAAAGCCAUAGGAAGUUCAGCUAUGUCUGUCCUGUAACAAUCCCACCCUGCCCCACACCCUUUAUUUUAUUUUGUUUUUUGCAAGAAGAGUUUAAACUAUUUUUGAUAACGAUCAUAAACGGUGGGAAAUGUUAUUAUCUUGGCACCUAUGUUUUUUUUGUUUAAUUAUUAAGUAUGACGUUCUGUGAUGUCUUAUUAAAACCAAAUUGUAUUUCGUUAUGUUUUUGUGCUGUGGUUUUCUGAGUUGACCAAAAACCUUUCCCCCAUUAUUUAUAUUUAGAGGCCAUUAUUUGUCUGUGAUUGCGUACUUGUUCUUCAGUGGUUUUGGGAUCACAAAUGGUCUGCGUGGGAGAACCAAGGAAGAUGUCUCCUACAGCGGUCAGUCUGUGCCAUCCUCACACUUAAGUCUGCUAAAUGCUCCUGGGGAAAGGAUUCUACGUAGAGCACUUAGAUAUUUCCCUAACUCUGUAAAUUUAUUUUGCACUUGUGAAAUGCACAUUUUACUUUCAGUGACGUCUCUGAUAAUGUGUUAAACAUUCACCGCUGGUAAGUACUGUCCUACAGGCACCAGCCACACUCCAUGGGUAGAAGGAAGUCAUGAAUAUCCUGGUGAUAAACACAGACCAUUAUCACAGGAGCAAGGUCUGAGCAGAACCUUCUGAGAGUUGUUGAGGUUUGCAGUCCUUAUUGAACUGGUUAGGUGUUGCAAGUUUUUUUUUUUUCCUUUCCUAUGCUGGUAUUCACUGCCACCUUUUUAAAGCCUGUAUUGAUAUGUAAAUUUUAUCAAUAAAUAUUAGUUUUUUAAUAA